GUGGGAGCCCCCGUCGGAGGCAGAGAUGAAGGUGAUCCAAGCUCGGCGGGAACGACAGGACAAAAUCAGCAAGCUGAUGGGAGACUAUCUGCUGAAGGGCUACAAGAUGCUGGGCGAGUGCUGUGAGCAGUGCGGGACAAUCCUUUUACAGGACAAGCAGAAAAAGAAUUACUGUGUGGCAUGCCAGGAGCUGGAUUCAGACAUCGACAAGGACAACCCAGCACUGAAUGCCCAGGCUGCCCUUUCACAGGUGAGGGAGAGACAGCUGGCAGCUCACGCUCUCCCGCUCGUCAACGGAACCACACCCAGUGACUCCUCCCCCUCAGUUCCUGGUCUGCCACGCCCAGAACACUGUGAGGGUGCUGCCUCUGGACUAAGAGGACCUCUACCAGUGCAACCGAAUCCUGCCUCCUCUCUUCCGGGCCCCGCCCCUCCCCUCCCGACCACAGCCCCUCCCAUUCAGCAGAGCCAGUCCCAAGCAGCUUUGCCGGGCCAGCACUCCACCACACUCUGUGCGGAAGAGGCAGUCCUGCAGAAGAUGCGGUGGGCGUCGCAGGAGCUGCAGCAUUCUAGCUCGGUGGAAAACAGUAUCCAGCUCUGCAGCCUCAUCCGCAGCUGCGCAGAUUCACUGCGCAGCCUGAGGAAUCUGCAGCUCUCCUGAAACUUUUACCACAUUAUCUGCGCAACAUGUCACCCUUGUAGCCAGUCCAACCGACACCAAGCCUCACUCAAGGUCGGAAAGUUCAAUCUUGUUAAUGGUAAAAAAAAGGAGGUUAUUUUAAAAAAAGAGCCCUGUGUGUUUUUUUUUGUUGUUUUUUUUUGGUUUGUGCCUGAGGGGUUGUAUGGCUUGAUCCUAAAGGACUGUAAACCACUGCUGUUAGUGCCGUGUUGAUGUUGCACUUGUUCACCAGUCAGGGUUGCCAUGGUUGGGGAUUAGGAUUAAUGCAUAGUGGAGUGCCAAGGCAAGGUGUGUGUUCAUUCCUCACAUUCUUACCAUUUCUAUCAUUGUAGGAGGUGACAUUUAGUGAUGCAAAUCCCCUGUUGUAUAGAGACUUAAACUGUAGAGGAAAAGGAAGGGUAGAAUUUGACUUGGUGUAAUAGGUCUUAAAUCCCAACUGUACAGAUCCCAAGCAAAUAGAACUGCAGUUUCCCCCCAUGUGUAUAAAUGAGACUGUCCAUUUGAUUUCAGGCCCAUUUCACACCCCUCUCAGGAACCUGGCUUUGACUGAAAGUGUGCAGUUAAAUGGAGCUGUGAACUUUGGUGGAAAGCAGGUGAUCAUAAUGUGUAUCUGCUGUGCUGCUGCUCAUUAAAGCUGACUUAGACACA